UAGAGUUAAAUGCACGUCGCUGAGUAUGCGGAGGUUUUGUAACAUAUAAGUAUCUUGUGAAUGUGUUUAGACAUAAUUGAAUUAAAUAAGUGCUGCCGCGUAGACAAAACGCACCGAAUUGGCCCAAUUGAAACCAGAUUAAAGUUGAAGUGCUUUUGCUUUUAGUUCCAACAAAUUGCGUUGUUUAUUUAUGAGAGAGUAUAUGUAUGUAUGUAUUUUAGAAAUUUACCUACGCGUGAGAACUUCAUCACUAAAAUCUGAUAAUUUAAAAUAAUUGAAUACUAUUAGAAAAUCGUGUUACGGAAAAUUGGUGCCAAAAUGCAAAACAAGUUUUGAGUGCAAAUUUUAUUUUUGUUGUGUUGGUGCCCACAAGAUGAAAGUGAAGCAAAGCAUACGCAAAAGAAAUCGCUGAUGCUAUAAGCAUUUAAAAAUAAAAUACGGUAUGUUCCGCAAUAUAUUCCAAAAAUGGCUUCGCAAAAUUGAAGUACAUGUGUACAUAUGUACAAAUAUAUAAGCAAACGCAAACCGAGUGCAAUAAUUUUAAAAGCUAAUUGCUGAAAAGGUGUGUGUAUGAGUCAAAUUGUGAGUGCAUUCUUCGCAUAGGCUUUGAGUGAGAACAUCAAGCCAUCCAGAGAGCUCAGAUGUGUUCUUAAAAAAGAGUGCAGAAUUUGGCCUUUGUCUCCUGGUGAUACGCCAUCGCUGACUCAACUGACAUCAAUACGAUUCAUUGUCUCUAAAAGGCAACGCCUCAGUUCAGUGGCAUGUAUUAAGCCCCAUUUGUGGGCUGACCAUCGCUUAGACGGACGCACUGCCUGCUAAACCGGAACACCAACUUAGAGGGCAAAUAUGAUUUUUAGGGUCGGCUUAAUGCUGGCAUUGCUGGUGUUAGUUCAUGCCGAUAAUUUUGAGGAUGCAGACAACGAAUUGGACCUGAAUGGACCCAACAUAUGCAAGAAGAAGGAAAACUACGACGUGGAAGUGACCACUACUGAGUGGCAAUCAUAUCAGGAGCGCGGAAAUACCUGGUGCGUUAGUUUACCUCCACGCUGCUCUACGUACCGCAUCAAAAAUCGGAUUGUAAACAAGACAACUACAUUAUCAAAGACGCGCAUUUUCCGCGACUGUUGUGAUGGUUACAUGCGAAGCGGUAAAGAAUGCGUGCCGCAUUGCAGCGAGAAAUGCCAGCAUGGCCGAUGUAUAGCGCCCGAGAAGUGCAAAUGCGAUCAUGGAUAUAGCGGACCAGCUUGUGACAUAAAUUGCCCGCCUGGCCUAUACGGACGAGACUGCAGCAUGAAGUGCGAUUGCCUGAACAACGCCAGCUGCGACGCGUACACGGGAGAGUGCGAAUGCGCCAAGGGAUAUGAGGGUGAGAAGUGCGGUCAAGUGUGCCCUCCGGAUCGCUAUGGUGCCAAGUGCUCGGAGGAGUGCCGUUGUGAGAACGGCGGUAGCUGCCACCACGUCUCGGGCGAGUGCACCUGUGCUCCAGGAUUCACGGGUCCAUUGUGUGACAUGUCCUGUCCAGACGGGAAACACGGAGUCGAAUGCAAACAGGACUGUCGUUGUCAGAACGACGGCAAAUGUGAGUCCAAGAGCGGCGCCUGCCAAUGUACGCCCGGUUGGACGGGCGAGGUGUGCGCCAACAAGUGUCCCACAGGCAGCUACGGUCCCAAUUGCUCGCUGACAUGCGAAUGCUUCAAGGGAGCACCCUGUCAUCAUAUAACGGGCAAAUGCGAAUGCCCCGCCGGCUAUAUGGGCGAGCGUUGCUUCGAAGAGUGCCCCUUCAACACCUACGGAGUUAACUGCACGCAACAAUGUAACUGUCUUAAUGACGCCAGUUGUGAUAAGGCCACUGGAGCCUGCAUCUGUGCAAGGGGCUGGCGGGGCGUGACCUGCGAGGAGCGCAUCUGUGCUGAAGACAAGUUCGGAGUGGACUGCAACAGUACGUGCGAGUGCGACAUGGAAAAUACGGAGCUGUGCCAUCCGGAGACAGGCAAUUGCCAGUGCAAGCCUGGCUGGAGCAGCGCCCAAUGCAACCGACCAUGCACCUUCCUCAAGUACGGUGUGAACUGUAAGCAGAAUUGCAAUUGCAAGAACAAUGCCAGGUGUUCACCAUUGAACGGCACAUGCCUGUGUGCGCCCGGCUUCAGAGGAUCCACCUGUGAGGAGACCUGCCCCGAGGGCUUUUACGGGCAGGACUGUGCGCUGAAGUGCGACUGUGAGAAUGGCGCAAAGUGUGUGCCCGAGACUGGGCAGUGUAACUGCACGGCCGGCUGGAAGAACAUCAAGUGCGAUCGACCUUGUGAGCUGAACUUCUACGGCGAGGAUUGCAAGAAUGCCUGCCAAUGCCAGAAUAAUGCCGCGUGCAACCCGCAGAAUGGAAAAUGCACCUGUGCCGCCGGCUUUAAGGGACAGAGGUGCGAGCAAAAGUGCGAGUUGGGACGCUUUGGCCAGCAGUGCACGCAAAAAUGUCAAUGCGAUGGCAGCAAUACGAUUGCAUGCGAUCCCGUGGACGGAAGAUGCAUCUGCAAGAACGGCUGGGGAGGCGUCCAUUGCGAGACGAAUUGUUCGAGCGGUUAUUACGGUGAAAAUUGUGAUCAAGUUUGCAGAUGUCUGAACAACUCGUCCUGCGACCCCGACACUGGAAACUGCAUUUGUUCGCCCGGCUGGACCGGCGAGGACUGCGCACAGCCAUGUGCACCCGGAUUCUACGGCAUGGGAUGCAAGGAACGUUGUCCAGAGUCAACACACGGCAACAAGAGCUGCGACCAUAUCACGGGUGGUAUACGUUGCCGGGCCGGGUACAUUGGCCUUACCUGUGAGCAUCCCUGCCCGACUGGCUACUAUGGGCCAGGCUGUACGCUUAAAUGUAACUGCGAAAACGGCGGCGAGUGUAAUCACAUUAGCGGUCAGUGCCAUUGCUUGCCCGGUUGGACGGGUCCUAACUGCAAUGUGUCCUGUCCGACGGACUUCUAUGGGCCGGAUUGUGCUCAGCAUUGCCGUUGUCAGAAUCACAAGGGUUGUCGCAAGAAUGACGGUCUCUGCAUUUGUCUGGCCGGAUGGAUGGGGAUACGCUGCGACGAGGUAUGUCCGGAGGGCUUCUACGGCGAGCACUGCAUGAGUUCGUGCGCCUGCCCCACUUCCAAUUUCGUUUGCCAUGCAGCGAAGGGAUGCGUGUGUCGCAGCAGCUUCACAGGUCCCAAUUGUGAUGAGCUGAUUGCAUCUCAGCGCGUGGCCGAGGCGGACAAUGAAACUAACCGCUCAAGCGUUGCCUUGAUUAUGAUGCUCUUUACGCCCUUGAUAUUCAUUAUUUUGGGCGUGUUAUUAUACUAUCGUCGUCGCGUUUCAAAUCUGAAGACGGAAAUUGCACAUGUACAGUACAUUAGCGAUCCAAGUGGGCCAAGGGCCGAGCGCAAUCACAACUUCGAUAAUCCUGUUUAUGGCAUGAACCACGCCGAGUCUUGCUUGCUCCCCAAUAAUUUGCCUCCCAAAUUGAAUAAUCUUGAUCUCAAUGCCUCACUUUGCCCCGACUAUGGCGACGAUUCAAACGCCAGCAGCAGAGUUGGCAGCUACAUGAUCAACUACAACCACGAACUGCUAAAGAAAAACAUGACUGCCGAUCUCACCAAUCCGAAUGUGUAUAACAGUAUCGAGGAUCCGCUGAAGGAAGAGCAUGUCUAUGAUGAGAUCAAGCAGAAAGAGGGAUACAAAGAUCCCGUGAAAAUUUAUAGCAAGCGAUUGUUUCCAGAGGACGAGUACGAUCACUUGGACUACUCACGACCUAGCACAUCGCAAAAACCGCACUACCAUCGAAUGAACGACACCAUGUUGAACAUCAAUCUCGAGGAAGAGAAGCCCAGCAAUCUAAAAAAUAUGACAGUAUUGCUAAGCAAACCGGAACCACCGGUAGACCCAGAGCCGCAGCAUGAUAGUCUUGACAAUAACAAUUUGGAUAAUGAGUCAGCAGUAACGGCUUCGCCCAGUUCCAGUCCAGAGCCGCAGAAAUAAAUAAAUCUGGAAAAGUCAAUAAUGUAUUGUUACCAUAAUUGCAUCGCUCUUAAUUUUUAUAAAUACAUAUUUGUAGCAUAAUUUGUA